AUGGCGGACUCCCCGCUGCCGAGACGCCGGCCCCUCGCCCUGGACGCCGUCGCCGCCCUCCUCGUCCUGGGCGUGCUCGUCGGCGGCCUGCCCAGCGUCGCCGCCAACCUCGUCUCCGACAUCAACAUCAAGAUCGCGCAGGAGCAAGGGCCCAACACGUGCGUCAUCGAGGAGGUGCCCGGCACCGAGCACAAGAUCUGGACCGAGUGCAAGUACUGGGCGGACCGCGACGUCUGCGGCAGAAAGGCCGUGGUGCGCUACGACUGCUGCGAGGGCUUCAGUCGCGUGGAGGGCCAGCACGGCUGCACUGGCGUGCUGCCGCUGCAGGACGUCGUGAAGACGGCCGGCGCCGCGGGGGCGGCCCGCUUCGCCGCGCUGCUGGAGUCGUCGGGGCUGGCGGACCAGCUGCGGGCCGAGGGCGCGGCCUUCACGCUCUUCGCGCCGUCCGACCAGGCCAUGGAUGAGCUGACGUCCUCCCAGCUGGCGGCGCUGCGGGGCGCGCGCGCCGACAACCCGGUUCUGAACCACCACGUCGUGGCCAACAAGCAGCUGUCCAGGGCGUGGGGCGCGGACCAGCUGCUGCCCAGUCGCCUCCGCGGCAGCAGCCUCCGCGUCAACAAGUACUCCAGCAAGAUCGAGACGGUGAACUGCGCCACGAUCGUGCGCAAGGACCAGGAGGCCUCCAACGGCGUGGUGCACAUCGUGGACACCCUGCUGGACCCGGAGCGGUCCACGUACUCCGACCUCUCCACGGCCGUCGUACAGGACGGCCGGUUCCGGCAGCUGUCGCGGCUCAUGCAGCGCUCCGAGCUGUUCAACGCGAUGCGCAGCCACAACCAGGCCUACACGCUGCUCGCCCCCAACGACGAGGCCUUCCAGAAGAUGCCCGCCGCGCGGCUGCAGCGCCUCGAGAACGACGACCAGGCCAGAGAAGCACUCCUCCGGCACCUCGUGCUGCCGCACCCCGUGUGCCUGGGCGCCGUGGUGGGCCCGCACCGCUUCCCCACCAAGGGCCCCGAGAGGCUGGCCUUCGACUGCGACGCGCGCGGCGUGUCCGUGGAGGGCAUGCGCUUCGGGGCGGGCGCCACGGCGGACAUGACGCUGGCCGCGGACGGCUUCCUGUACAUGCUCGACGAGGUGCCGCUGCCCAACCGAGUCAAGACCCUGCUGCAGCUGACCCAGGACGAGCGCCUCUACAGCUUCGGGGAGGUGGUGCGAGCCGCUGGGCUGGAGUCGCUGCUGGACGGGCCAGGCGACUACACGCUGUUCGCGCCGUCCGAGGCCGCCAUGGCCUCGCUGCCGUUCGGCCAGAUGAACAGACUGCGCGCCGACCAGGGCGCGGCGCGGAGCUUCGUGAUGCUGCACGUUUCCAGGGGCCGCAUCCUCACCGAGACCAUCACGGACAACCAGGUGGCCCAGACCCUGGAGAGCGACUCGCUGCGGCUGCAGGUGUACCGCAAGUCGUACGGCGUGGAGGACGCGCUCGUCGAGCGCGCCGACGUGCAGGGCCUCAACGGCGUGCUGCACGUCAUCACCAAGGCCCUGCGCGCGGCCAACGCCACCCUGGAGGAGACGCUGCGCCAGGACGCCAACUACACCACUUUCCUGCGCGCCAUGGACCGCCUGCGCGAGGACUCGGCCAACUCGCUGGAGUUCCGCGGCAGCCGCACGGCCUACACGUUCCUGGUGCCGUCCGACGAGGCCUUCCAGCGCCUGGGCGUCACCAGGCUCAAGCAGCUGCUCGCCAACACCACCCUCCUCGCUAGGACGUUGAAGAACCACGUCGUGGACGACAUGGUGGGCACCGAGUCCUUCCGAGAGAACCUGCAGUACGCAGUGCCGUCUCGGUACGGCGGUCUGAACGUGACCAGGGCCGAUGGCAGGCUCAAGGUGAACGACGCGACGGUGCUGACGUGCGACCGCACGAACCGCCAGGGCGUCGUGCACUACAUCAACAAGGUGCUGAUGCCCCCGGACCACCACCACCACCACCACCACGUCACCGUCGUGGCGCCCUCCGUGCCGCCCUACGUGACGCAGCGCACGCAGGUCCACUGGGAGGAGCGCGUCGAGGAGCGCGACGAGAGCGACCAGGACGACGACGAGGAGUACGUGGACCCGGACCUGGGGCGCGUGGACCCGGACCUGGGGCCGCUGCCCGAGGUGUACCGCGGCAGGGAGCGCGCCGGCCUCGGUCAGGGCCUCGGUCAAGGCCUGCAGGAGCACCGCUACCGAGAGGACCGCGUCGGGCCCCGCCACUACCAGCACCAGCAGCAGCACAAUGUAGUGGACCAGCGCCACCAGCGCAACCAGUACCACCAGCAAAGCCAACACCACCAGCGCCACAACGCGGCGCGCGUGCAGCACUCCACGCACCACUACCUGCAGUCCGGCAGCAACAACUACUAGCCGAGCUAGCUGCGUCACUGUAGGAGGUUCGCUCGAGCUGCCACAAGAGCGCCUGGAAGAGAAAUAUGGUAUGUGGAUAGAAUGUGAAAUAAAGUUAAUGAAAAAAG